AUGUGCCCCAUCCGUGGAUCAGAGGAGUACCAGAAAAUGUGUCUGCAGCUCCCUGAUGGGACAGGUGGGGUCAUACCCGGCCGAGUCCCAGGUUCAGGUCCAGACGUCCCCGGGAUAUACCCCUACCCGGGGGGACCAGGGCAGACCCCAGUGGGACCAGGACAAUAUCCAGGAGGUCCAGGACAGACCCCAGUAGGACCAGGACAGUAUCCAGGACAAUAUCCCCAGUACUCCGGACAGAUCCCCAUCCAAGUCCCAGGACAAUAUCCACAGUAUCCAACACUACCUCUGCAGCCUCCACCAGGCCCGGUCAUCAUCCAAACUCAGAACAUCACCAACAUGUGCCAGGCGUUCCGGAACCUGUGUCUGAACGGCAGGUGUGUCCCGGUCCCCAGCUCCGUCGGGUACAGGUGCGAUUGCAACAUGGGCUUCAGGCUGGACGGACGCGGAGAGUGCAUCGACGACAAUGAGUGUGAGAGGAGUCCCUGUGUUCAUGGAGAAUGUGUGAACACUCCGGGCUCCUACAUCUGCCAGUGUCCGGCCGGGUUCCAGACCACCGCCACCAGGACUGAGUGCAAAGAUCUGGACGAGUGCGUGGCGAAUGGGCGCAUCUGCAACAACGGGCGCUGUGUGAACACGGAGGGCAGCUUCCACUGUGUGUGCAACGCCGGCUUCGAGAUCACCACAGACGGAAAGAACUGCCAAGACCAGGACGAGUGCCUGAUCCGGAACAUGUGUCUGAACGGCCUGUGCAUAAACGACGACGGCAGCUUCAAGUGCAUCUGUAAAGCCGGGUACCUGCUGGACUCGAGCGGGCGCAUGUGUGUCGACAUCGACGAAUGUGAGACUCCCGGGAUGUGCAUGAAUGGACACUGCGUGAACACCGAGGGCUCCUUCCGGUGUGAGUGUAUGGCGGGCAUGGCGGUGGGACUGGACGGCCGUGUCUGCGUGGACACGCACAUGCGCAGCUCUUGUUAUGGGGGAUACAGACGAGGCCAAUGCGUCCGGCCGCUCUUUGGGGCAGUGACCAAGUCCGAGUGCUGCUGUGCCAACCCGGAGUAUGCCUACGGGGAGCCGUGCCAGCCGUGUCCACCGCAGAGCUCUCCUGAGUUUCUGGCUUUGUGUCCGAGUGGAGGAGGCAUCACUGGUGAUGGGAGAGAUAUUAAUGAGUGUGCCCUGGACCCCGACCUUUGCCAGAACGGAGUGUGUGAGAACCUGAUGAGGACCUACAAAUGCACCUGUAACGAAGGCUUCGAGGUCGAUCAGACUGGGAAGAACUGUAUCGACAUCGAUGAGUGUCUGAUGAACCGGCGUCUGUGUGAGAACGGUCUCUGCAGAAACACUCCCGGCAGCUUCACCUGCCAGUGUCCCAAAGGAUACCGCUUCGACUCGGAAACCGACGUCUGCGAAGAUGUGGACGAGUGUGAGUCCAGUCCUUGCAUCAACGGAGACUGCGUCAACAGCCUGGGCUCGUUCGUCUGCCUCUGCUCCGUGGGCAGCUCCCUGGACAACUCCAAGUUAGAAUGUAUCGAGACGACCAAAAGCACCUGUUGGCUGAAGAUCAUCAACAAUCGCUGUGAAGUGAACAUCAACGGAGGAACUCUGAAGUCGCACUGCUGCUCGACGCUGGGGGAGGCCUGGGGAAGCCCCUGCGCCAAGUGUGAAAAAGACCCAAUCUGUGGAAAGGGCUACGGCAGAGUCCGAGGGAACACCUGCGAAGACGUGGACGAGUGUGAGAUUUUCCCAGGCGUCUGCACAAACGGCAAAUGCGUGAACACUCAGGGCUCCUUCUUCUGCCAGUGCCCCCCGGGGAUGACGGUGGACAUGAGUGGCAGGAUGUGUAUCGACUUGCGCACAGAGCAUUGUUACCUGUCCCACGACGACGAGCGCUGCGCGGCCCCCAUCCCGGGGAAGCACCGCGUGGACGCCUGCUGCUGCUCCGUGGGCGUGGCCUGGGGUCCGGAAUGUGACGAGUGUCCGGAGAAGGGGAGCGCCCAGUACAGCCAGCUCUGUCCCAGGGGCCCGGGCUUCUCCCACCGUGGGGACUUUAUCAAUGGGAGGCCAUUUCUGAAAGAUGUGAACGAGUGCAGAAUGAUCUCCACACUCUGCUCCAACGGACGCUGCAGAAACACCAUCGGCAGCUUCAGAUGUCGCUGUGACAACGGGUACGCGCUGGACUCCGAUGAGAGGAACUGCACGGACAUCGACGAGUGCCGCAUUUCUCCGGAUCUCUGCGGUCAGGGCAGAUGCAUCAACACGGCCGGGGACUUCGAGUGCGAGUGCUUUGAAGGAUAUGAAAGCGGCUUCAUGAUGAUGAAAAACUGCAUGGAUAUCGACGAGUGUGAGAGGAACCCCCUGCUGUGUCGAGGAGGAGAAUGUGUGAACAAUGAGGGCAGCUUCCAGUGCGUCUGCCCCGAUGGCCAUGAGAUCUCACCGGACGGAUCCGCCUGUCUGGACAUAAACGAGUGUGAGCUGAGCGACAGGCUUUGCAAACACGGACAGUGCGUGAACAUGGUUGGACGAUACCAGUGCACCUGCGACACCGGCUACAAGUCCACCGAGAACCGACUGGAGUGCGUGGAUAUCGAUGAGUGCACAAUAGAAAAUGGCGGCUGUGAGUCGUUCUGCACAAACUCGGAGGGGAGCUACGAGUGCAGCUGUCGCAGUGGAUACGCCCUGAUGCCCGACCUCCGCAGCUGCACUGACAUUGAUGAGUGUGAGGAGAGUCCGGACAUUUGUGACGGAGGCCAGUGCACCAACACUCCAGGGACCUUCCAGUGCCUCUGCUUCGACGGCUUCAUGGCGUCUGAGGACAUGAAGAGCUGUCUGGAUGUGAACGAGUGCGAGCUGAACCCAAACAUCUGCCUCAGCGGAAACUGCGAAAACACUAAAGGCUCCUUCAUCUGCCACUGCGACAUGGGCUACUCAGUGAGGAAAGGCUCCACCGGCUGCACAGACGUAAAUGAAUGUGAAAUCGGCGCCCAUAACUGCGACAGACACGCCACCUGCACCAACACGGCCGGCAGCUUCAAGUGCCAAUGUGCCCCGGGAUGGGUCGGAGACGGACUCAAGUGCUCAGAUUUGGACGAGUGCUCGAACGGGACCCACAUGUGCAACAACAACGCAGACUGCAUCAACACCAUGGGCUCGUACCGCUGCGCCUGCAAAGAGGGAUUCUCCGGGGACGGCUUCUACUGCUCAGACAGCGACGAGUGCGCGGAGAACGGAAACUUGUGUGAAAACGGUCACUGUCUGAACAUGGCGGGAGGGUUCCGGUGCGAGUGCGACAUGGGCUUUAUCCCCACAGAGGACGGCAAAGCUUGUGAAGAUAUUGAUGAAUGUACAUUCGCUGACAUCUGUGUGAACGGACGCUGCAGGAACAUCCCAGGACUGUUCAGAUGUGAAUGUAACCUCGGGUACGAGCUGGACCGAAGCGGAGGCAACUGCACAGAUAUAAAUGAGUGCGCUGACCCGACCAUCUGUAUAAACGGAGUGUGCGAGAACAUCCCAGGGAGCUACCAUUGCAACUGCCCCGACGACUUCGAGCUUAACCCCACCCGGGUCGGCUGUGUGGAUACCCGGUCAGGCAGCUGUUUCCUGGACAUCCGUUCCCGCGGCGAUGGCUCUGAUAACUUUGCUUGCACCAAUGAGAUCGGAGUGGGCGUGGCCAAGGCGUCCUGCUGCUGCUCCCAGGGCCGAGGCUGGGGAAACCCCUGUGAAUCCUGCCCCUCGGUCAACUCCACUGAGUACAAGACCCUGUGUCCGGGAGGCGAGGGCUUCCGGCCAAACCCCAUCACCGUGAUCCUGGAGGACAUCAACGAGUGCCAAGAGUUGCCCGGGCUGUGCCAGGGCGGCUCCUGCAUCAACACCUUUGGAAGCUUCCAGUGCGAGUGCCCACGAGGCUACGCGCUCAACCCAGACUCCAGGGUCUGUGAAGAUGUGGAUGAGUGUGAGAACCCGGGCAUCUGUGGUCCAGGACAGUGCUACAACACCAUCGGGAACUACACCUGUAUUUGCCCCGUGGACUACAUGCAAGUCAACGGAGGGAACAACUGCAUGGAUAUGAGGAAGAGCUACUGCUACAGAAACUUUUACUCCGACAACCGCACGUGUGACGGAGAGCUCACCUUCAACAUGACCAAGAAGAUGUGCUGCUGCUCCUACAACAUCGGACGCGCCUGGAACAAGCCGUGCGAGCAGUGCCCGGUCCCCAGCACCAAUGAGUUUGCAAUCCUGUGCGGCAGUGAAAGACCCGGGUUUUAUAUUGACAUCACAACAGGACGUGUCAUUGACAUUGACGAGUGCAGAGAGAUCCCUGGGGUGUGUGAGAACGGAGUGUGCAUCAACAUGAUCGGCAGCUUCCGGUGCGAGUGUCCGCUGGGCUUCAUCUACAACGACAAACUGCUCAUCUGUGAAGACAUUGACGAGUGCCAGAACGGCCCAGUGUGUCAGCAGAACGCAGCGUGUCUCAACAUGCCGGGCAGCUACAGGUGCGAGUGCAAAGCCGGGUAUCGCUUCACCUCCACGGGACAGUGUCUGGACCGUAACGAAUGCAACGAGAACCCGGGAGUGUGUAACCCCGGCCAGUGCAUAGACACUCUGGGAAGUUACCGCUGCGUCUGCCCCAACGGCUUCAAGACCACCAGGGACCAGUCCAUGUGUGUGGACAUGGACGAGUGCGAGAGACAGCCGUGCGGGAAUGGCACCUGUAAAAACACAGUGGGAUCGUACAACUGUCUGUGUUACCCCGGCUUCGUCAACUCACACAACAGCGAGUGUGUUGACGUGGACGAGUGCUCGACUCAGAGAGGCCUGUGUCGAAACGGUCAGUGCACGAACACAGUGGGAGGAUACUUCUGCCUCUGCAACGAUGGAUACGACCUCAGUCCGGACAGCCGGGCGUGCUCCGAUAUCAAUGAGUGUCUGGUGAACCCUGGGACCUGCGGUGCUGGGACCUGCUUGAACCUGGACGGCUCGUACAGGUGCAUCUGUCCCCCGGGAUACUACCUCCACGAGGAAACCUGCGAAGAUAUCGAUGAGUGCUCCCAGUCUCCAGAGAUGUGUCUGUUCGGGACCUGCUCCAACACAGAAGGGAGCUUCACCUGCAUCUGCCCCGAAGGCUUCAAGCUGUCCUCCUCCGGCCGCAGAUGUCUUGACGUGCGCGUGAACUACUGCUACACGAAGUUUGAAAACAGUCGCUGCACGGCUCCGAAGGCCCAGAACACGUCGAAGGCCGAAUGCUGCUGCACCGCGAUGGCCGGUCAGGGCUGGGGCAACCCGUGCGAGCUGUGUCCCACUAAAGCCGACAAAGAGUCUUAUCUUCUGCUGUGUCCCAAUGAGGGCUAUCAACAAGGACCAGAACACCCAAUAGAUAUUGACGAGUGCCUGAAUAAUCCCUGUGAGAACGGUCAGUGCAUCAACACCGACGGCUCGUUCCGCUGUGAGUGCCCCAUGGGCUACAGCCUGGACACCACUGGGGUCACGUGUGAGGACACCAACGAGUGCGACGUUGGAAACCCCUGUGGAAACGGCACCUGCACGAACGUGGUUGGAGGGUUUGAGUGCGCGUGUGACGACGGAUAUGAGCCCGGCCCCAUGAUGACCUGUGAAGAUAUCAAUGAGUGUGCGCAGAACCCACUGCUGUGCGCCUUCCGCUGCGUUAACGUCAUCGGCUCCUACGAGUGCAAAUGUCCCACGGGUUACGUCCUACGAGAGGACAAGAGAAUGUGCAGAGACCAGAAUGAGUGUGAAGACGGCAUAGACGACUGCUCCAGCCGAGGCAUGGCUUGUAAGAACCUGAUCGGGACCUACAUGUGCAUCUGUGCCCCUGGGUACACACGGCAACCAGGGGGUGGCGGCUGCAUAGACUUGAACGAGUGCACGGCCAAACCCAGCAGCUGCAAAAAUGGCCGCUGUGAGAACACCGUGGGGAGUUACCGCUGCAAAUGUGACCAAGGAUUCGUCGCCAACCCCACACAAACAGAAUGCAUCGAUAACCGUGAGGGCUUCUGCUACACCGAGGUGUUGACCACGCUCUGCCAGAUGACCUCCAGUACCAGGGUCCAGGUGACUAAGUCUGAGUGCUGCUGUGACGGAGGCCGCGGCUGGGGCAACAACUGUGAGCUGUGCCCCCUCCCUGGAACCACGCACUACAAGAAGAUGUGUCCGCUCGGCCCCGGAUUCACCACCGACGGAAGAGAUAUUGACGAGUGUCGUGUGAUGGGGAACCUGUGCAAAAACGGACAGUGCGUCAACACUCUGGGCUCCUACAGCUGCAUCUGUAACCAGGGCUACGCCCCAGACAUCAGUGGCACGCAGUGUGUGGACGUGGACGAGUGCAUCCAGGCUCCAAAGCCGUGUAACUUCAUCUGCAAGAACACGGAGGGAGGAUACCAGUGCUCCUGUCCUCGUGGCUACAUCCUUCAGGAGGACGGCAAGAGCUGCAGAGAUCUGGACGAAUGCUCGACAAAGCAGCACAACUGUCAGUUCCUGUGCGUUAACACCAUCGGAGGCUUCACCUGUAAAUGUCCUCCAGGCUUCACCCAACACCACACGGCCUGCAUCGACAACAAUGAAUGCGCCUCUGACCCCAAUCUGUGCGGCUCCAACGGCGCCUGCCAGAACACCCCCGGCAGCUUCAACUGUGACUGUCAGCGCGGCUUCACCCUGGACUCCAACGGACAGAGCUGCGAAGACGCCGAUGAGUGCGACGGGAACCACAGAUGUCAACACGGCUGUCAGAACCUGGUGGGAGGGUACCGCUGCAGCUGCCCUCAGGGGUACCUCCAGCACUACCAGUGGAACCAGUGUGUGGAUGAGAACGAGUGCCUGAACUCCCAGGUCUGUGGCGGGGCGUCCUGCCACAACACUCUGGGCAGUUUCCGCUGCCUCUGUCCCACCGGGUUCAACUACGAGCAAACGUCCGGAGGCUGCAGCGACGUCAACGAGUGCUCCGUCUCCCAGAACCCCUGCAAGUUCGGCUGCUCCAACACGGACGGCGGCUACCUCUGCGGCUGCCCCCCUGGGUACUUCCGCGCGGGACAGGGACACUGUGUUUCUGGACUUGCACUCUCCGGUGGGACUGGACCAGAGGAAGAGGACGACGAGAACUCUCUGUCCCCUGAGGCCUGCUACGAGUGCAAGAUCAACGGGUUUCCCAAGAAGGGACGCCAACGCCGAAGCACCAACUCCACCGAGGCAAAUGAGCUGCCUGUUUCCGAGCUGCUGAGCCUGGACAGUGUGGACGUGGAUGAUCCUCUCCACUUCCACCUGAACAUCAGCGAUCUGAGCAACAAGGCCCACAUCCUGGAGUUCACCCCCGCACUGUCAGCCCUGUCUGACCACGUCCGCUACACCAUCGACUACGGCAACGAAGACGGCUUUUUCCGGAUCAACCAGCGCGACGGCGUCAGUUUCUUACACCUGUCCAAGAGAAAGGCCCUGCUCCCCGGGGCCUACUCGCUCCAAAUCAGCAGCGCUCCUCUGUACAAGAAGAAAGAGCUGGUGGAACUGGAGGACCACCACGAUAAAGACUACCUCACAGGAGAGAUCGGGGACGUACUAAAGAUGAAAGUGCAAAUCAUCCUGCAUUAA